AUGGAAAAGGGCUUCUUCAAGGUUUUCAUCCCUGAAAUCAGUGCAAAGCGACUGAAACUUCCCACAGGUUAUACCGAUUACAAAAAUGGAAUAUUACCAAGAAAUAUUUUCCUUAGGGAUCGGUUUGAAAAUAUGUGGCCUAUAGGGGUAACCAAAUCAGGAAAAGAUAUUUAUUUUGAAUAUGGAUGGGAAAAAUUCAUUAAGGACAACAUCGUAGAGCUUGGAGACUUCUUUAUUUUUGACUAUGAUGGAACUAGAAUUUUUAACUUCAAACUACUUGGAAGAAAUGGAUGUGUAAAGAAAGGAGAUAGGGGUUUAAAACAUGUUGUGAAGGAGGAGGAACCAGAGGAAAUAAAUGUUGAACAUCAAAAGAGUGUGGAGCCAAAAGUGAAUACUAGGGCUAGAGAUAGCAAGAAUAUUUCUUCUUCUGAUGUUAGGGAUGGGAAUAACAUGGCAGGAGAAAAAGAUGAUGAAGAAAAGGAAUGUGAAAAGGAAAAAGAGGUUCCAGAAGAGGAUGAUGAUAAGGAAGAAGAAGAAGAAGAAGAAGAUGAUGAUGAUGAUGAAUACAAAGAAGAGGAGGAAGAGAAAGAAAGGACUGACAUAUUCAACAUAACGGCACCACGUUCCAAAGCUAAAUGCAAAAGUAUGACUGCUGGUAAGGUGAAUAAUCCCCACGACCAAUUUGCUACAGAUAUAUUUAGAAGUGGACGUGCAACUAAGCCAAAAAAUCCUUACUUUGUAACAAAAAUACGUCCAGAUAGGAGAAAUCAUCUGUACGUUCCGGCUGAUGUGGUGAGAGACUACCAACUUGAACUCCCUUCAAGCAUGACAAUUCGCGACUCUGCUGGCAGAGAAUUUGAGGCAAAACUCAAGAUUUGGCAGGACGGUAGAAUAUGGCUAAUUGGCGGGUGGCACAGUUUAUGUAAGGUGAACCUUGUGAAGAAAAAUGAUAUGUGUAUUUGUGAAUUUGUGAGAGAAAAACACAUCAAAGGACUUUACUUACAAGUUCACGUUGUCCAUGAAGGAGAAGGUUCCCAUCCCAACAAGAAAUAA